GUACUUAUCUUCAGAGAUAUUAGCAUGCAAGUUCGGCGACGUCUUCCCACAUUAGAUACUGUUGUAGCUGCAGGUUUUAUGACGGAGGCCGAACGUGACAAAUACACAGAAUACAGUAAUAAGUUGAAGGAAAUCCGAUGUACACCUCAUUUCCUUCCAAUACAUUGGUGCUAUACGUUACUUUUUGAGGCUCGAACAGCUGGUAAACUGAGUUGUGAUUUGAUGUUGAAUGAAAUCGUCAAGCACAUAGGAGAUUUUCGACGAGGCCUUGCUCAGUUGGCCAAUUUCGAUUGGGUGCCAAUCCCAUUGGUGUAUCCUCAGGUUGUCUUCCUCGCUGUCAGAUCCUAUUUUUUCCUCUGCUUAAUCGCUAGACAAUCGGUUCUAAUCGAUGGGGAACCACCACAAGACCCAAGCCCGCUAGCUGGAAGAUCUGACUACGCUCAGCCAAAUUAA